AUUACGUUCAGUCUCAGCUUCCAGCGAUUGCUUCAGGCGACUCAGUCAGUAUAUGUUUAUGUAAGAGGAUGACAACACAAUCAACAUGGAGAGAACACAACCAGCGUGGUUUCCUUAUACUCUUCUCAUUGCCAUAUCUGGGAAAUCAGUAUGUCUUCCUCAGAAGCGGGUGAUACUCCAGUCUCGUACACAUUCGUCACCGAGAACAACAGCGGUGAGGGACGCAGCCAUGCCAUACGAGCGCAUUGGAGACAACGUCGACAGAGAAUUGAAAUGCAGCGAAGGGAACGAGAAGCGCAGGAGCAGAGACCCCCGAGGCAAAUUCUCCCAGGCCCUCGAAAUUCCUCGGAGUCCUCUAGGAUGUCACCAAUGCCGCCAACAUCGGACUCACACCCCCCGUUACACGAGCACUUUGGGGCAGACAGAGAAAACUCAACUAGCGGGAGUUCGGGGCAUCUCACGAGCACGCUUGAGGGAAUACCGGCACAAGCUUUAUCGAGAAUGAAUAUCGCCCUUGGAUCCAGCCGUUGGGAUCCGUUCGAUCGUUUCCCUGUUCAGCUUACAACGAGACAUCAUAGACUUCUGCAUCACUGGCUCAGCACAUUUGCAGGCAUGAUGUUCAACAUGCAUACGUCAGAUUUCAACCCCAUGCGUGAUGUCUGGCUUCCCUUGGAUCUGUCCAAUGCUGCAUCAUUCAAUGCUAUCAUGGCUCACUCCGCGGCGCACCUCGCUCGUAUGCAGGGUUUCCCUGUUUCCAAUGAAGCGGUGCAAUUCAAAAUCGAAGCUGUAGGCAUCGUGCAAUGCUGGGCUAGGGAUCCCGGCCUUGCGCUGAGUGACGAUACAAUUGCAGCUAUCCUCAGGCUCUUGUCAUUUGAAAGAUACUGGGGCUCAGAGGUUGAAUGGCGAAUCCACCGUAAUGGGCUAUUGGAGAUCAUUGAGGCACGAGGAGGCAUCACAACACUACAGAGCAAUUGGAGACUUGAAAUAACUACAUUUCUCGUAAUGUUGAUGGCUCGGCCUUCAUGGUUUGACAGCUCUAAUCAACUAAGAGAAAUUUCACAGCAACCUAUGAGUGCUCAUCCCGUCCUGGGACAUUUGGGAAACCUGCAUAAAACGCGCUGCCUCUGGUUGCUUUCGUUCAUUCAGGACAUGCGCACCUUCAUGGGAAACUCCCCUGAGAUAUAUAAUCAUGGAUUAGCUCAUUACACGUCCAUACGUGAUGCCUUACUUGUAGUCAAAUCGGACUUGUAUCUUCACGACGAAGAUCUCCUAGCAGAGGAUGAUAUCAAUGAGCGGGAGCGCACUCGAUUAGCUUGCUUAUUCUACAUAUGUGUUAUGCUUCAAGGGUGUGUUUCGCAUUCUGACGCCGGGAAUCCAGUUCCUCUGGACUUCUACCAUAGUUAUUCAAUCACUUCUUUCAACCAAUGUCUCGCACGGAACUAUGGCGAGUGGCAGGGGUCCAUCCAGAAUUUAUACGAAUGCCUGUUCCAUGGCACCAUCGCAGCACAAACUCCUACCAGCAGGUUACGUUAUGCACUAGAUCUGACGGAUACUCUUAGUUCGAUGAGCGCCGAAUCGCGCCGGGGGGUAGAGAAAUGCAUGUUGCAGAUACUCUACCAAGCUCUGACAGACGGGAGAACUACUAUGGAUUACGAUUGCACUCUAGAUAGUCUACUAGCAUGUAUAGAAGGCCAUUAAGGGGUUGAAUGGAUGUAUAUGUGUUGUAACGUGAGAA